AGGUGUGGGCGUGGUUUGGUAGUGGAAGUGGGUCCUUCCGGCGAAAAGGCAGCGGCCGUCUUUGAGGUGAAGGGAAAAAGGAGGAGGAAAAGCGGGGAGUCCCCACCUUAAAUACUACAAUUCUAUGGCAACUUACCUAGAAUUUAUCCAGCAAAACGAAGAGCGUGAUGGAGUUCGUUUCAGCUGGAACGUAUGGCCCUCUAGCAGAUUGGAGGCCACCAGAAUGGUUGUUCCAUUGGCUUGUCUUCUAACACCCUUGAAAGAACGGUUAGAUUUGCCGCCUGUCCAGUAUGAGCCUGUUCUGUGCAGUAGACCAACCUGCAAAACUGUUCUCAAUCCACUUUGUCAAAUUGAUUACCGAGCCAAGCUUUGGAGUUGUAACUUCUGCUUUCAGAGGAACCAGUUUCCUCCAGCGUACGCAGGCAUAUCUGAAGUGAAUCAGCCAGCAGAGCUUAUGCCGCAGUUUUCCACAAUAGAAUAUAUAGUCCAGCGUGGCCCUCAGACACCCCUGAUCUUUCUUUAUGUGGUAGACACAUGUUUGGAAGAGGAGGACUUACAAGCUUUGAAAGAAUCCUUGCAAAUGUCUUUAAGUUUGCUCCCUCCUGAUGCUCUUGUGGGCUUAAUUACCUUUGGUCGAAUGGUUCAAGUUCAUGAACUGAGCUGUGAAGGGAUCUCCAAAAGUUAUGUUUUCAGAGGAACUAAAGAUCUGUCAGCAAAACAAAUACAGGAUAUGUUGGGUCUUUCAAGGCCUGCUGUGCCUACUCAGCAAGGGAGACCUCAUCAGUCCCAAGAACCACCUCUCAUUUCUAGCAGAUUUUUGCAGCCUGUUCACAAAAUUGACAUGAACAUGACAGAUCUUCUAGGAGAACUGCAAAGAGAUCCCUGGCCAGUUACUCAGGGAAAGAGACCCUUGCGAUCCACUGGAGUAGCUUUGUCAAUUGCUGUUGGACUACUAGAGGGAACGUUUCCAAAUACUGGGGCUAGAAUAAUGUUGUUUACUGGAGGGCCACCAACUCAAGGGCCAGGCAUGGUGGUAGGAGAUGAGCUGAAAACUCCAAUCCGUUCUUGGCAUGAUAUAGAGAAAGACAAUGCACGAUUCAUGAAGAAAGCUAUGAAACAUUAUGAGGCAUUGUCUAAUCGCACUGCUGCUAGUGGACACUGCAUUGAUAUUUAUGCAUGUGCUCUUGAUCAGACUGGUCUUCUGGAGAUGAAGUGUUGUACAAAUAUAACUGGAGGUCACAUGGUGAUGGGAGAUUCUUUCAAUACUUCUCUCUUCAAGCAAACUUUCCAGAGAGUGUUUAGCAAAGAUCUCAGUGGAGAAUUCCGAAUGGCUUUUGGAGCAACUCUAGAAGUGAAGACUUGUAGAGAACUGAAGAUAGCUGGAGCUAUUGGACCUUGUGUAUCCUUAAAUGCCAAAGGGUCAAGUGUUUCUGAAAAUGAGCUUGGAAUAGGUGGCACAUAUCAAUGGAAAAUUUGUGGUCUUGACCCCACCAUGACUCUUGCCAUUUAUUUUGAAGUAGUAAAUCAGCACAGCACUCCAAUACCUCAGGGUGGCAGAGGAGCUAUCCAGUUUGUUACACAUUAUCAGCAUUCCAGUACACAGAGACGCAUUCGUGUGACUACUGUUGCUAGAAAUUGGGCAGAUGCACAGAGUCAGUUGCAACACAUUGAAGCUGCGUUUGACCAAGAAGCAGCUGCUGUCCUGAUGGCUCGAUUGGGUGUCUACAGAGCUGAAUCAGAGGAAGGGCCUGAUGUUUUGCGAUGGCUGGACAGGCAACUAAUUAGACUUUGCCAGAAGUUUGGACAAUACAGCAAGGAUGAUCCAAAUUCUUUUAGACUGUCUGAUUCAUUCUCUUUGUACCCCCAGUUCAUGUUCCAUUUGCGACGAUCUCCAUUCCUUCAAGUGUUCAAUAACAGUCCAGAUGAAUCUUCCUAUUACCGUCAUCACUUUGCCAGGCAGGAUUUGACCCAGUCUCUUAUUAUGAUUCAGCCUAUACUUUAUUCUUACUCAUUCUAUGGACCACCUGAGCCUGUGUUAUUGGAUAGCAGCAGCAUUCUUGCUGACAGGAUUCUGCUGAUGGACACUUUUUUCCAGAUUGUUAUCUAUCUUGGUGAGACUAUUGCCCAGUGGCGUAAAGCUGGCUAUCAAGAUAUUCCUGAGUAUGAAAACUUCAAGCAUUUACUGCAGGCUCCGCUGGAUGAUGCUCAAGAAAUCUUACAGACAAGAUUCCCAAUGCCACGCUAUGUUAACACAGAGCAUGGAAGCAGCCAGGCACGGUUUCUCCUAUCUAAAGUGAACCCUUCUCAGACACAUAAUAAUCUCUAUGGAUGGGGACAAGAAUCUGGUGCUCCAAUCCUAACAGACGAUGUUAGUCUACAAGUAUUCAUGGACCAUCUAAAAAAACUGGCUGUAUCGAGUGCAUCCUAAUUUUGAUACUAAAGUCUCAAAAAUCAAUAAUAUUAUUGAAUCAUGCUGCUGAUAAAUUACAAUCUGCCCAGAAACCAAUAACAUUCCUUUCCCUCUUUUGAAUCAAAGUUUUAAUUAGCUCAUAUAAAAAAGGGAAAUUUUAUAUUUUAGAUUUAACUUAUUGAUAUUCUUGUCUUUAUUCUGGCAAUUCUUAAUUUUCAUGUUGUUAUACCAGGAUUACAAUCUACACUUAUACUGUCCUAUGUAAUUCAUUUUUCUGCUCUUAUAACUAAGCAAAAUAAAAUUUGAGAACAAUGUUAAUACUUAGUGUAUAAUGCUAUCUACCACUGAUCAGGGCAGGGUGAGAGGAGGAAGGUUACCGUUCCUAAUUCUUUAGCUUGUAUAGAUGCAAUGAAUUAACAUAGCCAGACUAUGAAUAGUCAUGUAAUUUGUACAGAAUAAUAUGAAUAUAAAUGGUUUAUGAUAAAUAUAGGAAUUUAUUUGAAUAUUAAAGUAGAAUAACAUGCAAAAUAAUCUAACAGCAGUCACACAGGAUACUAUUCUAUAAUAAAACUCUAUCCUUAGUAGAUAUACUACAUCCUUCAACUAUGAAAGAAGGAGAGGAAGGUAAAAAACAUUUACACAACUGACAAGAUUUUGUUAAUGAAUACAAUCAUAUUUAUAUAAAUUGGAUGCUGACUGGUUGUAGCAUCUGCCUCUCUCCUGUUACUGUUAAUCCACUCCUAGAAUUAUCAGUUCAAAUUGGCUUGACAUCAUAGUGUAGCUGUGUAGCUAAGAUUUUUCAAUAAUCCUAGCCUAAUCAAAUCUUAAUUUUAGCUUUUUUUCUGUUUACAUCUACAUAAACCUUAAACUAUGUGUACAUACUAUUUGACAUUAGGGUUAGGGUUUCCCUUUGAAAAUAGUUGGGUUCAUUUAUCAUGGUAAGCAAUAAUGCGGGUUGCUUCUUUUUGUCUUUAUAAUUGAACCCUGUUGUUACAAUUUACUAUUGUCUAUAAACGAGCUAUUACAGCUUUAUGCCGACAAAUAUAGC